AUGGCUAACAUGUAUGUCAGUGUUCCAACAAACAUUACGGAUUUUUACGAUGAUGUUCAGAACAGUGAUAUUUUCAACAGAAGCGGCAAUUCGACUAUAAAUAAAAUUACUGUUCACUUCAAUUAUGACGAACUACAAUCCAAGCCUACCUUUGAAAUCAUGUUUGGUGACACGACGUUUGAAACAGCUUUCGUGUAUGUUUAUCUGGUCAUAACAUUUCUUGGUAUCACUGGAAACAUUGCUGCCAUGGCAAUAAUCCUGUACAAACCAAAAUUCCAUACACCGACAUUUGCUGCUAUCGGAUAUCUAGCUCUAGCGGAUUUCUUUGCAGGCAUUAUUCUCGGUUUGGUGCGGUUUACAACUUGUCUAUAUUUAGAAGUUUUUACUUGUAAAACAUUUACCAUUAGUUUGUUUUAUUAUAAUUCGUCUGGACACUUGUUGCUACUGGUCACUUUAAGAUAUCUAAUUACAGUCCGUCCCUUAAUAAGCAGGAGACAUUUAACAGUUAAAGUUGUCUCCUUGUGUUCACUUUCAGUCUGGUUUCUAAACGCUCUCUUGGGCGUUAUAACUCAUUAUGUAAUGGCAAACAAAGAUGCCCAUUCGUUGACAACUAUUAUUCGUGUCAUAAUCAAUCUGGGUGUUUUGUGUGCAGUUUGCUCUACAAUGAUUUCGUUGCAUAUUCGUAAAAUUAAAGCUCUACAAAACUCUUCAUAUGUUCGAAGGGAAACACAACAAAGGAAAAUGAACCUGGUCAUCACUGGAAUAACAGUUGCAUUUAUACUAUUUCAAAUAUUUCUAAUCGCUGAAAAAUUAUACAAAGCGUUUGGAGAAGCAAUCGACAACGUUUCCCUUUUUCUUUCAUCAAGUGUGAAUUUUACUGCAAGUGUAUAUUAUUCUUGCAAUCCGUACAUAUUCUUUUUUCUAUCAAUGUUUCUAUCCUGUAAAAUAAAGAAUCGCAGUUUCACAAAUACAAAAAAAAGUAGUGACACUUGUAAACAUGUCUUAAGUACAAAGAAUGUUGAACUACUAAAUAAAAUUAUGAAAUAAUAGCGAAAUUGUCGCUGAAUGGUAUUAGCUUAAGAUUACUAGUACCUGAUCCUCAGCUGGAUAAAUUUCAGUGUUGUAAACAUCAUUCAGAUGUUGUCUGCUCUUAAUUUUUUAUACGUGUAUAUAUGAUUGUAUAUUUCUAUUUAUAUAUACUGGAAAUUUUUUGUAUGGUAUCCAAACGUUUUACAAAGUUAUAGAAAUUUAGUACAUAUGAG